GCCGGAGGAGACACCGGGGCGCACGAAGGGCGCAUACCGCCGCCACGUCAGCCAGGGCGCGCGACGGCAGCGCGCCUGCGCGCGGAGGACGGUUUCCCCUACAUCCGGGGCCUGGGCGGCGGCGGCGCCGCCGUGCGGGGGUCACGUGGCUCUUUCCUUUCCGUCUCUGGCCGGCUGGGCGCGGGCGACUGCAGGCGAGGCGCGUGGAACCUCGCGCUGGUUCCCCUUCGUCUCCUCUCCCGGCCCGGGCCACUAAGGAGUUCGCUGACGCCGGGUGAGCUGAGCCUGCCGCCAAGAUGCCGGCCUAUUUCCAGAGACCGGAAAAUGCCCUCAAGCGCGCCAACGAAUUUCUUGAGGUUGGAAAAAAGCAGCCUGCUUUGGAUGUGCUUUAUGAUGUUAUGAAAAGUAAGAAACACAGAACAUGGCAAAAGAUACACGAGCCGAUUAUGUUGAAAUACUUGGAACUUUGCGUGGAUCUUCGCAAGAGCCAUUUGGCUAAAGAGGGAUUAUACCAGUAUAAGAACAUUUGUCAACAGGUGAACAUCAAAUCUCUAGAGGAUGUUGUUAGGGCAUAUUUGAAAUUGGCAGAGGAAAAAACUGAAGCUGCUAAAGAAGAAUCUCAGCAGAUGGUCCUAGACAUAGAAGAUCUGGAUAAUAUUCAAACUCCUGAGAGUGUUCUCCUAAGUGCUGUAAGUGGUGAAGACACUCAGGAUCGUACUGACAGAUUACUUUUAACUCCAUGGGUUAAAUUCCUUUGGGAAUCAUAUAGACAGUGUUUGGACCUUCUUCGAAACAAUUCCAGAGUAGAGCGUCUCUACCAUGAUAUUGCCCAACAAGCUUUCAAAUUCUGCCUCCAGUACACUCGUAAGGCUGAAUUCCGUAAGCUGUGUGACAAUUUGAGAAUGCACUUGUCACAAAUUCAACGUCACCAUAACCAGAGCACAGCAAUCAAUCUUAAUAAUCCAGAGAGCCAGUCCAUGCAUUUGGAAACCAGACUUGUUCAGUUGGACAGUGCUAUCAGCAUGGAAUUAUGGCAGGAAGCAUUCAAAGCUGUGGAAGAUAUUCAUGGACUAUUCACCUUGUCUAAAAAACCACCUAAACCUCAGUUGAUGGCAAAUUACUAUAAUAAAGUCUCAACUGUGUUUUGGAAAUCUGGAAAUGCUCUUUUUCAUGCAUCUACACUCCAUCGUCUUUACCAUUUAUCCAGAGAAAUGAGAAAGAAUCUUACACAAGAAGAGAUGCAAAGAAUGUCUACCAGAGUCCUUUUGGCCACUCUUUCUAUCCCUAUUACUCCUGAGCGUACUGAUAUUGCUCGACUUCUGGAUAUGGACGGCAUUAUAGUCGAAAAGCAACGUCGCCUUGCAACACUGCUAGGUCUUCAAGCCCCACCAACACGAAUUGGCCUUAUUAAUGAUAUGGUUAGAUUCAACGUACUACAGUAUGUUGUCCCUGAAGUGAAAGACCUUUACAAUUGGCUGGAAGUAGAAUUUAACCCACUAAAACUCUGUGAGAGAGUCACAAAGGUUCUGAAUUGGGUUCGGGACCAACCUGAAAAGGAACCAGAGUUGCAGCAGUAUGUUCCACAGCUGCAAAACAAUACCAUACUCCGUCUUCUGCAGCAGGUGGCACAAAUUUAUCAGAGCAUUGAGUUUUCUCGUUUGACUUCUCUGGUUCCUUUUGUUGAUGCUUUCCAACUGGAACGGGCUAUAGUAGAUGCAGCGAGGCACUGUGACCUGCAGGUUCGUAUUGACCACACUUCUCGGACACUUAGUUUUGGAUCUGAUUUGAAUUAUGCCACUCGAGAAGAUGCUCCAAUUGGUCCUCAUUUGCAAAGCAUGCCUUCAGAACAGAUAAGAAAUCAGCUGACAGCCAUGUCCUCAGUACUUGCAAAGGCACUUGAAGUCAUUAAGCCAGCUCAUAUAUUGCAAGAGAAAGAAGAACAGCAUCAGUUGGCUGUUACUGCAUACCUUAAAAAUUCACGAAAAGAGCAUCAGCGUAUCCUGGCUCGCCGUCAGACAAUUGAGGAAAGGAAAGAGCGCCUUGAGAGUCUGAAUAUUCAGCGUGAGAAAGAAGAAUUGGAGCAGAGGGAAGCUGAGCUCCAGAAAGUACGGAAGGCUGAAGAAGAGAGGCUGCGACAGGAGGCAAAGGAGAGGGAGAAGGAGCGCAUCCUACAGGAACAUGAACAAAUUAAAAAGAAAACUGUCCGUGAGCGUUUGGAGCAGAUCAAGAAAACAGAACUGGGUGCCAAAGCAUUCAAAGAUAUUGAUAUUGAAGAUCUUGAAGAAUUGGAUCCGGAUUUCAUCAUGGCUAAACAGGUUGAACAACUGGAGAAAGAAAAGAAGGAACUUCAGGAACGCCUGAAGAAUCAAGAAAAGAAGAUUGACUAUUUUGAAAGAGCUAAACGCCUGGAGGAAAUCCCGUUGAUAAAGAGUGCUUAUGAAGAACAGAGGAUUAAAGACAUGGAUCUGUGGGAACAACAGGAAGAAGAAAGAAUUACUACCAUGCAACUAGAACGCGAAAAGGCUCUUGAACAUAAGAAUCGAAUGUCACGAAUGCUUGAAGACAGAGAUUUAUUUGUAAUGCGACUCAAGGCUGCACGACAGUCUGUUUAUGAGGAAAAGCUUAAACAGUUUGAGGAGCGAUUAGCAGAAGAAAGGCAUAAUCGCUUGGAAGAACGUAAAAGGCAACGUAAAGAAGAACGCAGAAUAACCUACCAUAGAGAAAAAGAAGAGGAGGAACAGAGGAGGGCGGAAGAACAAAUGCUAAAAGAGCGUGAAGAGAGAGAGCGUGCCGAACGGGCCAAAGACUCUCGCUGGGGAGACAGAGAUUCAGAAGGCACCUGGAGGAAAGGACCCGAAGUAGAUUCCGAAUGGAGAAGAGGCCCACCAGAGAAGGAGUGGAGACGUGGAGAGGGGCGGGAUGAGGAAAGGCCUCAUAGAAGAGAGGAAGAUCGACCAAGGCGUUUGGGCGAUGAGGAAGAGAGAGAGUCUUCUCUUAGACCAGAUGAUGAUCGCAUUCCCCGGCGUGGCAUGGAUGAUGACAGAGGUCCUAGACGUGGUCUUGAUGAAGACCGGUUCUCUCGCCGUGGGGCAGACGACGACCGGCCUUCCUGGCGUAAUGCUGACGAUGAUCGGGGUCCCAGGCGGAGCAUGGAUGACGACAGGCCUCCCAGACGAAUUGGUGAUGAAGAUAGGGGGAGCUGGCGUCAUGCGGAUGAUGAUAGACCACCUAGACGGGGACUGGAUGAGGACAGAGGAAGCUGGCGAACAGCUGAUGAGGACAGAGGACCAAGACGUGGGAUGGAUGAGGACCGGGGGCCACGGCGAGGAGGUGCAGAUGAUGAGCGGUCUUCCUGGCGUAAUGCUGACGAUGAUCGGGGUCCCAGGCGGGGCAUGGAUGAUGACCGGGGUCCCAGGCGUGGGCUGGAUGAUGAUCGAGGACCUUGGAGGAGUACUGAUGAUGACAGAAUUUCUAGGCGCAGUGCAGAUGAUGACCGGGGGCCUUGGAGAAACAUGGAUGACGAUCGGAUUCCGAGAAGGGGUGAUGACUCAAGACCUGGUCCCUGGAGACCGUUUGUCAAGCCAGGUGGAUGGAGAGAGAAAGAAAAAGCCAGAGAAGAGAGUUGGGGUCCACCUCGAGAAUCAAGACCAUCAGAAGAACGUGAAUGGGAUAGGGAAAAAGAGAGAGAGAGAGAGAACCAAGAUCGUGACGAAAACGACAAGGACUCAGAGAAAGAAAGAGACCGAGAGAGAGAGCGAGAGCGGGACAGAGAGCGAGAUGGGGAUCGAGAGGACCGCUUCCGACGACCUAGGGAUGAAGGAGGCUGGAGAAGAGGACCAGCGGAAGAAUCUUCGAGCUGGAGAGAUUCAAAUCGCCGUGAAGAUAGGGAUCGGGAUGACCGUCGUCGGGAGAGAGAUGAUCGCCGUGAUCUAAGGGAGAGGCGAGAUGACAGAGACCGAAGAGGACCUCCUCUUAGAUCAGAACGUGAAGAAGCAAGUUCUUGGAGGCGUGCUGAUGACAGGAAAGAUGAGCGGGCAGAAGAGCGGGAAGCCCCUCGUCGUGUUCCUCCCCCAGCUCUUUCAAGAGACCGAGAAAGAGACCGAGAUAGAGAAAGAGAAGGUGAAAAAGAGAAGGCCUCAUGGAGAGCUGAGAAAGAUAGGGAAUCUCUUCGUCGUACUAAAAACGAGACUGAUGAAGAUGGAUGGACCACGGUACGACGUUAAAUCUCAAGAUAAUGGAUUCAAACUCAUGUCUCACAUAGGUUUGAUCACAUUCAAGGAUUAUCAUACUUGUGCUUCAACCAGUCUAAAUUGGAUUCUUUAAUGUUGUCUCAUCAUAACAAAAAGCAUGAACUUGUAUUAAUCCUCUAUAAUAGAUUGAUUGUGCACCGUGUCCACAGGAGGUUGACCAGGUGGGCCAUUUUCUGGAAUUUAAGGUGUUGCAUUAUUUCAUCAAUCAUUUGUUUACAAAAAAGAAAAACUAAAAAAUAAAUUGAAAAUGUGAACCUGUCAGGUAUGGAGUAACACCUGUAUCUUGGUAUAGAACUGAUCUUUUUCUUUUGUUUUUGAAAUACUAUAUUAAUUUGGAAUGAGGUAGGGUUCUGUUAGAGAAAAUGUAUUUGAAGACUCUUCAAAAGCAGGGGCUGAAACGACUUCCACAUCAUUAGCGGUUGAGACAUACCUCUAGGUAUCUUGAGGUAUUUACUCUAUUAACUACAUUUAGAAAGUUUUUAGGUUCACUAUAAGUGCAGUAAACAUUACAAACAUUGGAUACAGCGGGAUUUUCUGUAGCUUUUACUUGAGAGGUGAGUAUAAAGCAAUUUGCAGUCAUUAUUGUAAUGACAAGAAUACUGCUCAAGUGUGAAUCCAAAUCAGUUACGGCUUUUAAAUUUUAAAGCAUUUGGUAAACUAUUGCUGAGUUUUUUCUGUUGCCAAUAGCAAACUGCUUUUCCAUUAAUGGAGAAUUCAUGCCUUUGAAGCAUUUUAAAUACGACAAUAUUUAUAAAUGUGUGGUUUGGAGGAAUUGUUUAAAUUCUUUUUCCUAAUUUUCUUUCUUUUCAGGAUAGAUUCUUUCAACAAGUAAUUUGUAGUAAUGACUGUGUUGACUUCAAUUUUGAGUGUCGUAGCUAUGUCAAAGAUUAACUAUUUGGUCUUAUUGAAGCCAACACAGAACUUGCUGCUGUGUUUUUUCUUCAAUGAUAAAUAAAAUACUUACAGAAUUUG